AUGCUCUGGAUAAUUUUUCUCACCUUCUGCCACCCGUUCGAGUUUAUGGGCUCCUCGGCUGUAGCAGCAGUUGCCAGUCCAACGCUCGCCACUCUUGGAAUUAAACUCUUCUACUUUGAGAAUAACCUUAAUUUUCGCCUGCGCAAUGAAUGCUGUACUCGCAGUCGAUCUGACAGUUGUGCUGAACAAUGCGAUUUGGAAUUCCGCCUCUGUUUUGAGGACUAUGAAGGAGACGGAGCAUCCGCUGGCUCGUCAGCCUGGAAUGGGCAAUGCCAGUAUGGCGCAGCCAAUAUUACAGCUAAGAAGGCUCUCUCAAAGUCAUCGUCAUCGGAGGGCAUUACAACACGAGUGGAACUCACAGAACCAUGGCCCAAGUUAAAUAAAUCCACUGACUACACUGUUGCUGGGAGAAGAAUUACGUGCGCACUUAUGUUGUCCUACCCGGAGGCUCUUAGAGAAGAAACCUAG